GUCGUGGUCGCCGGACCACCUCACCUGCCUUGGUGGGCGUCACAUGCAGUACGCGUCCUCAUUCUCUGGUCUAGUUAUACUCCCUGUCGGCGUCACUCUCCUCUCCCUCCCUUUCCAUCGCCAUCCAUACGCUGCGCCAUGGGCUCCCACCGCCACUUCCUCCGCCUCCUCGACGAUCCCUUCUUCCCCUUUCCACCACCACCGCCGCCGCCCUCCUCCUCACCGUCCUGCCCAUUCCUCGACUUCGACCUCCACCCCUCCUUGUCGCCUCCCCCCUUCCACUUCCACGACCUCGACCUCUUCCUCCCAUCCCCAUCUCCCUACCCCUUCCUCCUCUGCGAUCUCACCGACCGCGUCGUCGCGCUCGAGCUUGCCGUCGCCGCUCGCCGCCCCAAGCCCACCAGCAGGAAGUACACCUAUGUCACGGAGUCCGCCGACCGCAAGGUCAAGUGGACCGCCCUCGAGAAGCCGCGCCAGGGGGAGCGGACGCUCAAAUGGGAGGCCGAGAUCAAGUCCCCCCACCACGACGGAUUCGACCGCAAGUGGAAGUGGGAGGCCAAGGGCGCCCCCGCCGCCGCCGGAUCCUCAGCCAGGAACGUCAAGUGGGGCGCCGCGGUCAAGGGCAAGGGGUGCCUCGAGCCCUGGUCGCAGGCUUACACCUGGGAGGAGGAUUUCGCCGCCAGCGACAGCGACGACGAGGAGGAGCACGCCCACAAGGCCGACAAGAAGAAGACCAAGGUCAACGAGAAGAAGAAGGAAGGCAAGGUCGUCAACAAGGAGAAGAAAUGCCCUGUCGCCACCACCGUCAAGAUCGAGGAGAUCGCCGAGGACAACGAUGCCGGAUGCGUCGCCAUCAGAAAGGCUUUUGCUAAGGGCAAUGGCAAGGGAAAGAGGAAGGAACUGUCCCCACAGGACGCUGCAUUGCUGAUCCAGAUGAACUACAGGGCUCACCUUGCUCACCGCUCCCAGGUGCUUCGUUGCCUGCGUGAUCUAGCCGUGGCAAAAGCCAAGCUGAAGGAGAUCAGGUCCAUGUUCUAUAACAUCUCUUACAGGCGCUGCCUUGCACAUGACCACGAAGAGCGCCAAAGGUUCUCCGAGAAAAUCAUUGUCCUGCUCCUCACCGUGGAUGCACUCGAGGGACCUGACUACAUGGUGAGGACGGCAAAGAAAUCCAUGAUGGAGGAGCUUGAGGCAAUUCUGGAGGUUGUGGACCCUCAGCCACCAGGUAAGCAGAGGUCACUGAGCCGCAGGAAGUUUGAUCUUCCGGAGGGUGGAGCCGUCUCCGAUGAGAAGGCCGCUGGAGUGAACAAUGCUGUCAGGAUCAUCGAGAAUGGCAAGUGAAGUGAUGAUCGAGAGGCACCAUCACCACCCUGUUUGUUAGUGAAUAUCAAUAUAUCGUGCCUGAAUCAUCCUCUGAAUAAGCUUGUAGCUGCAUAUCUAUCGUCUAUGAGAGAGUUCGAGAAUUCUGCACGGUGUUCUUUUUUCCAUGAUCUUGGACGCGACUGUGCCUCUAGUGUUAUCCAUCCUUUAAUGUGGACUUGUUGUUGUAUGUUACUAAACAAUCAAUAAUAUCAGUGGAAGUCUUGUUGGAGGGUUC